GAUUUCCCCCCACCCCCAACAAAAUCCUUUCUAUUUUCAGAAGAUUUCUUCGUAAACCCAUCGAGAGAUUUCACUAACCCUUUCCUUGAAUUCAAGUAAUUUGGGGUUUUGUUUUUCUUCAAAUGGCAGAAUUAGAACAAAGUAAAAUCGUUGAUAAAGAUGUGAUUUUUGCUGUUAAUGAAUGUGACUGGAAGGUGUCAAUGACUACUACCUUGAAGACUUGGAGGGAAGUGUCAGACAUUAAUAUUCAACUGGCUGAGGGUUUAAAACCAGAAUGUCUGCUGAAAUUGUAUGACCUGCUCAUCAGUUUGUCUGUGGUCUCGUUAUCACGGUGUCCUGGUGACAAGUUUACCGAUAUACGUAAAAUGUCCAAUUUCCUCUUUGAAGAACUUUCAGGGAGGUUCGUUUAUUUUCUAAUGUUGGGCAGCAUAUACUAUGUUCAGAUUCAUGGGGUCUUUUACAGGAGUUAACUCUUUUGUUACGAUGUUGUAUUUCUAUGUUGCACUUGCUUGAGUUCGACCAAAGUCUCCUCAUUGAAAAGUGCCAAAUUCUCCUAAGUAUACUCAGAACAUUAUGUUCUCCGGAGUUAGCAUCCAUGGAAGGAAGAAAGGGGAAAAGUGUUUGUAUCACCUCUGUGUCCUGUGCAUUUUUUCCUGUCCUGCACUCAAUCAUCGAGGUGUUCAUCAAUGGAUUUCUAGUGCACAAGAAAUUAGGAGAUUACUUUACGACGUUAGAGACUGUCGCUUCUGCAAGUGAUAACCUAUUUAUGGAUCCAUUGAAUCAAGGUUCAAGAGAUGUUGUGUUGGAGUUGAUUUCUUCUCAUUUUCUUCUAUCAGUUUCUGAUGAGCCAACCUUCAAGAACUCCUUGGAACCAUUCCCUCUGCUGUGUGAUGAAAAGCCCCCUUUCCUUGACCUAAUAAGCCUAAAUGCAGCUAUGCAAUUACUUUCAACAGUCGUCAUAUAUUCUCCACCACAAAUUUUACAAGCGCAUAUGAUUUCCUUGGUUUCUAGAUGCAGUAGCAUUAGCAUGGCUUCAUAUAAUCAAGCAUCAGAUCCAAGACUAGUGAACUGGUACAUAUCAGCGUUUGAAAUAUCAGUGGACUUGUAUUCCCAAAACAUGUCAAGUUUACAAUUGGGUGAUACUCACGGAGAACCUAAAAGUGGGGUUGUUUUCAAACAAUGUACGGCGGGAGGAUUAUCACAUCUAUCGUUUGAAUCUCAUAUUCGGCUGGUCAUGUAUAGUCAACUGAAAGUUCACACAACUAACUUUCCUAAGUCUGUUCAUCUUUUGCCGUCGAAAACGAAGUCUGAUUAUAAGAAUGCUUGUAUUGCAUAUAUGAAGGAGAAUCAAAAUAUUCUUAACAUGUCAUCCAGAGAUGAAAGUUUCUCUGUUUUGAGUAACACUAUAUCAAGGAUCCUCUCUGGAGAUAUUGGGACUAGUGAAUUGUGGAAAAAAGGAAACAUAAGUCAGCAGAAAAUGUAUCUUUUGGCUUCCAUAGUAAACUUGAUGAGUAGUUCACUGUUGCAAACAAUCUGGGCAAUGCAAAAAGGAAGUUUGGGUAAUGCUGAAAGGCUUAAAGGUUAUUCUCAGUAUAGGGAGUACAAUGUGAUAAUAAGCAAGAUUAGCUGUUUCCAACAGUACAGCAUACCCCGCAAUCAAUUAAUACCCUAGCAGCGGAUAUGAUGGCAUAUUAUCCCGCAAGACAUAAGCACUCAAAAAUAAUGUUUAUGCACUUUGCAGGCUUGCUAUUGUUUAGUUUUGAAGCUGGACUUGAAUUCUUAAGCAAGAGUUGUAUACUUAUGAUGAUGACAUUGAUGAAUCUAUUUAUUUUUGAAGAGGGUAAACUGGAUUCACUGAAACAAGCUUCUGAUCUUGAAGACAAAUCUUUAUCUUCUCGACCUUUGGAUAAAUCAUUGGUGGUAACAUCUUCUUCUCUAUUGAAGUCACUAGGUCUUUAUGCACGUGCAUUAAAGGGGCCAGGUUUCUGAAAUUGGUGAAUCCCGUAUAUCAGGAUAAAUGAACCAAUUCAAUCAGAAGCUUCAAGAAGUACCCUGAUCAGCAAUGGUGGCUGGGAGAUCGUAAGAAAUACCGAAAUUAUGUAUGGGAUAAAAAGGCAGGCGACAGGAAAGAUAGGAGAAAAAGAUUAAGAGCUACCCUGAAUUAGAAAGCUUUUCAUGAAUCUUAAAAGUAUAUCUGGAGAAAGGAAAUAGAAAUUAGUGAAGUUCGUAAAGGUAGCAAGUAAACUGAAGAGCUGUUAAUAUUCGUACAAAGCUCUUAAAACGAAACAGUCAUCUCAAUUCUCAAUCCAAUUUGUUUUCCAAGCUGGGUGUUUUGAGAUAUCAGCUGCUGGUUUGGCUGGCCGUUCUUAUUGCAAUUCAAUUCUUGUAUUCACCUUAAGAUCCUAGUUCAGAUUCCAUUUGUUUUAUGUAGCUCAAAUUCAGUGUUAUUCGAAAAUGAGACUAUGAUACAAGGCUACAAGCUUUAGUCCUAGGGUUUUGCUAGGCUAUAUUAGCUUUUCAUUAGCUAUGCAUAUUGGCUACCCUUUUGUAAAUCCUCUCAGUCAUUUAGAUACAAAUAGUAGAGCAUAGUAGUGUGGUGUAUAAGGGUAGUUGUUCUCCCUCACUGGGGUGAUUGUGAUUUCAGCUGUGGUUAUUCAUGCAGGACAAUUUUUGUGUUCUUGAUGAUUCAUUUUUGGAUUUUAAUACUUUGGUUUAUGUUGGUAAAUGCAGAUUCCAUCUUAUUUUUUCGCAACUCG